AUGUUUCGCCAACUGGUCGCCCGUCAUGGCCGAUAUUCCUCUGCUGCGUUGGCUAUGAGCUUUGCAGCAGCUGGUGCCGCCUUAAGCUCAAAGCAUCAGCAAUCACAAGCAUCGGUGGCAAUGGCAGAAGAAGCAUUUCCACGGGCCGCUCCCGUUGCUAAGCAACCUAAAAUCAAUGGACUUAAAAUCUUUAGUGGUAAUGCCAAUCAUGAACUCGCUUCCAAUGUGGCAAAGCUUGUGGGUGUGCAGCUGGGGAAGAUCACAGUUGAGCGUUUUGCUGAUGGAGAAGUCAACUUAAUGGUGCAUGAAAAUGUGCGCGGCAAAGACGUGUACAUCGUACAACCUACUUGCGUACCUGUAAAUGAAAACCUUAUGGAGUUACUACUUAUGGUUAGUACGAUGCGCCGAUCUUCGGCUCGUCGCAUCACCGCUGUCAUUCCAUACUAUGGAUACGCUCGUCAGGACCGUAAGAUGGCAGCUCGUGUUCCCAUUUCGGCUGCCGACGUGGCUCGUCUUCUGGAGGCAAUGGGUGUCGACCGCGUUAUUGCCGUCGACCUUCAUUGUGGCCAAAUUCAGGGAUUUUUUGGUCCCCAUGUACCCGUGGACAACUUGGAUGGUGGACUCGUGGGUGUAUCAUACUUCGGGAAUCACGAGCUCGUGAAUCCUGUCGUGGUCUCUCCUGACGCUGGUGGCGUCGCCCGUGCCAAAAAGUUUCGCGAGUGGCUUGUGGGCAAGUAUGGCCUCCCUAACACUGGUCUGGCUAUGAUUAUUAAGCAGCGUAUCAAAGCCGGCGAGAUUGAUCGUAUGGAUCUUGUUGGGCAAGUCGAGGGCUCAGAUUGCAUCAUUGUAGACGACAUGAUUGAUACAGCUGGGACGUUGUGUAAAGCUGCUCAGCACCUGUCCGACCAUGGCGCUCGAAAUGUGUAUGCUUUUGCGUCACACGGUCUUUUCAAUGGUGCUGCUAACGAACGAAUUAAAAAAUCAACGCUUAAGGAGGUCGUGGUCGUCAACACCACUCCGCUGCCAAAGAGCUGUGAAGGUAAUGAAAAGAUUGUGCAAUUGGACAUUGCCCCGCUUUUGGCACAAGCCAUUCAAAAUAUUCACGGCAAGAAGUCGGUGUCUCAGCUAUUUCAUUAG